AUGGAUGAAACAUUCAAAACUAGAGGCAUUCCGCUAGCUUCCAAAUGUGCUUGCUGCGUGGGGAAUCCGCUCAUCCGUCCAGCUUGUGAGUCCUUACAACAUCUCUUCCUUCAGAGCAAUCUGGCGGGGAUAGUUUGGGGGCAUUUCCAGUCUAUUUUCAGGCUCCCUUCCUUGCCUAGUCUCUCCGUGCAACAUUGGCUUCGGCUCUGGUGGCAUUUCGAGCCAUCUUCGGGCCUGCUUCAUAUCAUUGGAGGGUUGGUCCCUUGCAUCAUCUUGUGGGAGAUCUGGAUUUCCAGAAAUGCCUCAAAAUAUGAAGGGAUUCCCCCAUUGGCAGCUAGGAUCAUAGCUCGGGUUACGUGGAGGUUGUCUUCGUCUUCCUCGUUAACCCACGCCACUUCAGUUCAACUAGCGGCCAAUUUUCUGGCUUUCCGUGAUCGGGGUAACGUUGAUUCUUUUACCCCAAGGGCCCAUUUGGAGUUGGUGAAAUGGAGAAGGCGUAAGUGUAGUUGGGUCAAGCUCAACGUCGAUGGGCUGUUUCCCAGAUCUGUGAUGAUGGUCUUCGAGUGGGUCAGAGAGGAGAGAGCAGGCAUGGCUAGUCGACGAGGAAGUGAUUUACCAACAUUCGAAGGACGGCUCAAUAACUAUCCAGUUGGUGUUAAACGUGCCGGGGAAAAGCUCUUCAAUUGCUUUAAAAAUCCAAAGAUCGGAGUCAUCGGCGUCAAAGGGUUUUAUGGUGUGGGGGGAUGGAGUAUCGUCGAAUAUGCAGCUCAGAAGGCAAAAGACUCUCAUCUCUUUGAUGUACAGAUACUUGUGAAGGUAUUGGAAAGGGAUUUCAGCCUUACGAAGGUGCAGAUGGAAAUUGCAUUCCAGUUGGGGUUGACAACUGCUGGUAGUACUGAGGACGAAAUGACCUUAAAGUUUUUAGAAGUCAGACAUGAAAUCUAUGACUUGCUGAGGGGACGAAGGUUCUUAUUAAUGAUAGGAAAUGUGUCUGAGGGGCCGAUCGACAUGGAAUCCUUGGGAGUUCCAUUUAGAAGGUCACGGACAUACGAUUCCAAGGUCGUUUACGUAGGCCGUUGGGAUGAUGAUAACAUGAGCAACGUGGCCAUCAAGCUGGAGGAGUCGUCCAUAGAUGUUUUACGCGAAGAGGCCACUAACGUAGCCCAUUCUCUCAAUGUUAAGGGAUGUUAUGCUCCCGACACAGUCCUCAACUGCUUCUUCUACCUAAUGUUAUUCCGUGAAGAGGGAUGUGAAGUAGAAUGGUUGACAAGGUAUUGGAUGGCAGAGGGAUUUAUUACUCGAGGCGGGAUGGAAGAAGAUGACGAUUGGAGGCUUCAGCAGAAGAAGGUGGAGGCACUAUUGAGAGAACUCGAGGACCAUUUCAUGGCAUACUGCAGGAGUAACAAAUGGGGACUUUCGUCGAGGAUUCGUAUGGCAUCUAGAGAUCUAAAAAGUUCUUCAACUCAUGAUAGAUUUUGGAGUGAAAGUCCACUGCCGAUAGAGAUUUGUGAGUGGGAAAACAUUCAUAGGAUGAAUGUAUUGGUAUGGGAGGAAGAAACAUACCUUCCUCCUCUUGCUCCUAAUUGCCCCAAACUCUCCACUUUAAUUUUUACAGUAAUUUCAUGUAGUGGUGGUCAAAAAAUCAUCAUACCUGACCCCUUCUUUGAGCAAAUGCAGGGCCUUCGAGUCCUCGUUCUUUACCAGCUAGAUAACAAAUUCCUGCCUCCCUCUAUUUCUUGCUUGCACAAUCUCAGACUUCUGAUAAUAGAAGGUUGGGAAAACUUAGAGUCUCUCCCCUCUUCCUUCCAAGCUUUGCACAAGCUUGAGUUCCUCGAAGUUUCAAAAUCUCAUUCUUUGGAGUCAAUACCGUAUGAGUUCUUUAUACAGAUGAACAACCUUCAAUUGCCCUCUCUCAAUGGAAAGAAAAUCAGAUCACUGCCUUCCUCAGUUUCCAAGCUGUGCACACUCCAUGAACUCAAGUUAACAAGCUCUGACUCGUUAAUGGAACUGCCAGAUGAGAGCUUUGAGUCAAAUUGUUAUUCCUUAAAGAUCAAGUUGCUGCCACAUUUGCAAAAGCUCACCGCUCUCGAAGAGCUUAUCCUCUGCAACUGUAAUUCCCUGGAAGAUAUUGAGGAUGUCUCUUCUUCCCUUGGAAAUAUCCUGCCAAAGCUCCACAUGCUUGACCUUUCUGGAAUUAAGGCCUUUCAGCGCCUCUCCCUAAGAGGUACUAGUUCCCCAAACGGUAUUAAUGGGGUUCUCAAUCACACAGAAUUAUUCACUCUGUGUGACAAUGCCUUUGUCCGAAGAUUAUCGGAUUUGGGCAAUGUCAAAAGAAUGACGGAACUGAAAGAAUGCAGAGUCGAGAAGUGCAAGCAGAUGGAGAAAUUCUUUGAGGGAGAGAAUGCCAGCUCUGACACUUUAAGUCUCCUAGAAAACGUAUGGAUUUCCUAUCUUGCAAGACUGAAGAGCAUAUGUGAGGGUACUUACGGGAGCCGAAGCUUUGCAGGCCUAAAGCACAUACAUCUAGACUGUUGUCCUAGACUCGUCACCGUCUUCUCCUCUAGUGUGUCUUUACAAAGCCUGGAGAAGCUCGAAAUCAGAUUUUGCAGUAGACUAGAGGCUGUGUUUCGAGAGGAUGAUACCGUGCAAGGCUCGCUCCAACGAUUACACACGGUAUGUCUAUGGGAGCUACCAAAGCUGGAGAGUAUUUGCCAUGGCACUUAUUUGUCGGCGCUGAAGAAUCUGAAGGUGAGGGGAUGUAGGAAGCUGAAAAAGCUUCCUCUUUGUGUUGAGGACAAUGCUUCCGGUUCUACUUCCAUUGGGGGUGGUGAUGGUUCUGCAAAGGUGGAAGGGGAGUUGAAAUGGUGGAACAGUCUCAAAUGGGAAAAGGAGAGCAUCAAGCACCACAUCCACUUCAAAGAAUCGCGCCCCUUUACCCGGCGUUGA